GUACGGACAUGGUUGCCGGUCGCUUUUGCCGUACGAGUAUUAAUACCGUGCGCUCCUUCACGACUGCCGUUGUUCCCAGAAGCUCCUUCUUCCCUCCUGUUCGCACUUGCAUAUCUAGAACUAAAGCGCCUUCCUUCCGACCUACCUACUCGAACCGUAACUUUUUCGCAACAAUGGCCGUCAACACUCCCUACAUCACGCUGAACGAUGGCAACAAAAUGCCCCAGGUCGGCUUCGGCCUGUGGAAGGUUGAUAACGCUACGUGCGCGGACACUGUAUACAAUGCCAUCAAGACUGGCUACAGGUUGUUCGACGGUGCCUGUGAUUAUGGCAACGAAGUCGAAUGCGGCCAGGGUGUCGCCCGCGCCAUCAAGGAGGGUCUCGUGAAGCGUGAAGAUCUCUUCAUCGUCUCCAAGCUCUGGCAAACCUUCCACGACUACGAGCAAGUCGAGCCCAUCACAAAGAAGCAGCUCAAGGAUUGGGGCAUCGACUACUUCGACCUCUACUUGAUCCACUUCCCUGUCGCGCUCAAGUAUGUCUCGCCCGAGACACGAUACCCACCUGGUUGGUUCUCCGACGAGGCGAACAGCAAGGUCAUCCACAGCAAGGCCAGGCUCGAGGACACUUGGAGGGCCUUUGAGGACAUCAAGUCCAAGGGACUGACCAAGAGCAUUGGUGUGUCCAACUACUCUGGUGCGCUCCUGCUUGACCUCUUCACAUACGCAAAGGUCAAGCCUGCAACUCUCCAGAUCGAGCACCACCCAUACUACGUCCAGCCUUACCUCAUCAAGCUUGCGGAGGAGCACGAUAUCAAGGUCACCGCAUACUCAUCUUUCGGUCCCCAGUCAUUCAUUGAGUGCGACAUGAAGAUCGCCGCAGACACUCCCCUCCUCUUCGACCACCCAGUCAUCAAGAAGAUCGCCGAGAAGCACAGCAAGACACCCGCACAGAUCCUGCUCCGAUGGUCGACACAGCGCGGCCUGUCCGUCAUCCCCAAGAGCAACUCGCAGAACCGUCUGCAGCAGAACCUGGACGUGACUGGCUUUGACAUGUCCGAGUCUGAGAUUGCUGAGAUUUCAGACCUUGACAAGAACUUGAAGUUCAACGCUCCCACCAACUACGGUAUCCCUUGCUACGUCUUCGCUUAGACGGUUGGCUUUGCAUCGCAUUUAUGAUAUAUACAUGGCGCAUGGGAUCUUCGACCUGGCAUUGGUGCCUAGGAACGCAACUUACAUAGCAAUGAACAAC